CCCCCACCCCCGCGGCCGUUCAGCACCGCGGACAGCUCCCGCCACCCCGCGCCGCGUCACGGGGCCCCGCGCCGCCCGGUAUAGCGCGGUCACGUGAGUCCCGCCGCCGCCCCUAUAUAGCGCGGUGGCGGGCGGGCGGCGCGGUGCGGUGCGUCUUGCCGGGCGGAGCGGCGGCGAGCGGCAUCUGGCCCCGGAGCGGCUGCGAUGCGGAUCAGGAUGAUUUCGGCUGCCUCCGUCCUCGUCCUGCUCUUCCUGCCCUCGGAGACCUGCUCGCCCCUGCAGUGGCCCCGCGGCCCGUCCCGCAGGCUGACCCUGGUCCCCCAGCCCAUCUGGGAGCCCUGGCCGGGAACCCCACCAUCCCCGGUCCCUGCUGCCGGCCCCCUGCCCCAAAGACUGUGCCAGCCCCGUGGGGCAGAGCCCACCCCGGCCCCCCGCAGCGCACGGGGGCUGCAAACCGGCAAGAGGCGAGAUGGCAAACCCAACUCGCUGGAUCUUACCUUCCACCUCCUGCGCGAGUUCCUGGAGAUGUCCCGGGAGGAGAGACUGGCCCAGAAGGCGCUCAGCAAUAAGCUCUUGCUGCAGAGUAUAGGAAAAUGAGGGAGGGUCGUGGGGGGGAAUGAAGGAGACCGACCCCAUAGUGAGCAGCCAUGGCAGAGCAGAGAAGAGGGGGGGAUGCUGCUGCCCAACCAGGGGCUGGAGCUGUGCCCAGGGAGCCCCCCAUUGCCCAGCGGGGUUCCAAUUGCUGCGUCCUGCGUGUUGCUCUUGCUGUUGUCAUUAAAGUCGCCCUCGCACCUGC